GAUAGUUCCGUGCCUCAGUUUCCCCAUCGCUAGAACAAAGUGGGCUUUGCCCACACCAGCAGUUGCUGGUACGCAGGGGGGAUCCCCACGGUGAGUUCCUGGUUUGUGGCAACCUGUGGCUACUGGCAUAUGCCACUCGUCCGCUGGGCCGGUGGGCAUGAGGCCAGCCCACCCCAGCUCGCCAGCCCACCCCAGCUCGCCCGUCGCAGCGUGCCCGCGCGCUCCGGCUCGCUUGCUCUCGUCCGCUGCUCCAGCGCAGGUGGGGAGUGAAGCAGCGAGAAAAACAACCGAGAAGAGGAAAAAGGAAGAAGCGACAGCAAGAAGAGGUCGAGGAGGAGGAGGAGGCUGGUGCUGGCAGCCCCACUGGCGGGGGGGUGGGGGGAGCUCAGGACACCCCAGGAGCACCCAUCGUGGCACCCCAUGGACUCCUAGACGCCCGCCCCGAAGUUCGCCGGCAUGGCCAAAACCACCUCACUGCACUGCCGGGUGGUGGAGGGGAAGGACCUGCCCGCCAAGGACGUGUCUGGCUCCAGCGAUCCCUACUGCGUGGUCAAGGUGGACAACGAGGUGGUGGCCAGGACGGCCACAGUGUGGAAGAGCCUGAACCCUUUUUGGGGUGAGGAAUACACCCUGCGCCUGCCCCGUGGCUUCCACAACCUCACUGUCUAUGUGCUGGAUGAAGACACCAUUGGGCAGGACGACGUUAUCGGCAAGGUCUCGCUCAGCCGCCAGCAGAUCUCGGCUGAGCCGCGGGGUGUUGACAGCUGGCUCAGCCUGGCACCCGUGGACCCCGACGAGGAGGUGCAGGGCGAGAUCCACCUGGAGCUGCAGGUCCCCAAGCAGGGCCACCCACGGGUGCUGCGCUGCCACCUCAUCGAGGCCAGGGACCUGGCCCCCCGGGACCUCUCAGGCACAUCAGACCCCUUUGCCCGGGUGUCAUGCUGCGGGCACACGUUGGAGACAGCUCAGGUGAUUAAGAAAACCCGUUUCCCACACUGGGACAAGGUGCUGGAGUUCAAGCUGGCAGAGGGCGAGCUAAGGGAGGCUGUGCUGAGCGUGGAGGUGUGGGACUGGGACAUUGUGGGCAAGAACGACUUCUUGGGACGGGUCGAGUUCCCCCUGGACACCAUCUGCACGGAGCCCACCAAGGGCUGGUUCCAGCUCCUGCCCUUCCCCAGCACCACUGAGGACCACGGGGAGCAGCUGGGUGCCCUGCGGCUGGCGGUGCGGCUGGUGGAGGACACGGUCCUGCCUGCCCCCUACUACCAGCCCCUCAUCCAGCUCCUCACCGAGCCCAUCCUCUGCCCGGGCCAGCCCCCCAGCAGCACGGCCCUGGCUGUCCUGGAGGAGGUGACCUCCGGGGAGAGCCGGCAGGACGUGGCCACCAAGCUGGUGAAGAUCUUCUUGAGGCAGGGGCUGGCCGUGCCCCUCCUGGACUAUCUCACCACCCGUGAGCUGGCCAGGACCACGGACCCCAACACCCUUUUCCGCUCCAACUCGCUAGCCUCCAAGUCUGUGGAGCAAUUCAUGAAGGUGGUGGGGCUGCCCUACCUGCACGAGGUCCUGAAGCCUGUGGUGAACCGCAUCUUUGAGGAGAAGAAGUACGUGGAGCUGGACCCCGGCAAGAUGGAGCUGAGCCGCAGCAGGAGGAUCUCCUUCAAGGGGUCUCUGUCGGAGGCACGGGUGCGGGACAGCAGCCUGGAGCUGCUGAAGGGCUACCUGGGGGACAUCGUUGAUGCCAUCGUGGGCUCAGUGGAGAAGUGUCCCCUCAUCAUGAGGGUGGCCUUCAAGCAGCUCCGCGGACGGGUGGAGGAGCGGUUCCCCUCAGCGCAGCAUGAGGAGGUGCGAUACUUCUCCAUCAGUGGGUUUCUCUUCCUCCGCUUCUUCGCCCCCGCCGUCCUCACCCCAAAACUCUUCAGUCUCCGGGAGCAGCACGCUGACGCCCGCACCAGCCGCACGCUCCUGCUGCUCGCCAAGGCGCUGCAGAGCAUCGGGAACCUGGGGCUGCAGCUGGGGCAGGGCAAGGAGCCGUGGAUGGCCCCGCUGCACGCCGUUCUGCAGCCCAGUGUCACCCGUGUCAAAGCCUUUUUGGACAGCCUGGUCACAGUGGAGAGCACUGAGGUCACAGCAGGCGAAGGGCCGGUGCCACGGGUGCUUUUCCACCCCUCGGCCACCAUCAAGGAGGGGUACCUGCACACCCGCACGGCGGGGGGGCCCGUCCUGCUGCCCCGCUUCGCCUUCAAGAAGCGAUACUUCUGGCUCAGCACCGAGGCCCUGACCUACUCCAAGUCCCCUGAGUGGCAGGUGCGCUGCUCCAUCCCCGUGCCGCGGAUCCGGGCGGUGGAGCGGGUGGACGAGGGCACCUUCCAGCACCCCCACGUCAUGCAGAUCGUGGCGCAGGAUGACGCCGGGCAGCUCCACACCACUUACAUCCAGUGCAAGAGCGCCCAGGAGCUGUGGCAGUGGCUCUGGGUGCUGCGACAGGCCAGCAGCACCAACGAGGCCAUGCUGCCCACUUGCCACCCGGGCGCCUUCCGCGCCGGCCGCUGGACCUGCUGCCUGCAGCCCACCUGCACCGGUAAGGGCAGCCCGGGGUGGGUUGGGGGUGGGUUACCCCCGAGCAGGGGCAGGGCGCGGGGGUCCCCCCACCGUGGCUGUCGUUGGCAGCGCCCGGGUGCAGCCGGACCCACGGCACCGUGGCGCUGGGCGAGUGGAACGACCCCCUGGACCCCGCGGCAGCGGCGCAGACCCUCUACGGGCACCUCCGGCGGGCGGGGGCCCGGCUGUGGGCGGCGGGGACUGAGGGUCCCGUGGGCGGCGUGGGGAGCGACCCCCCCUCGGGGCAGGCAGGUGAACCCCACAGGAGGCGGCUGCAGGCGGUGCUGCGGGACCUGGACAUCGCCCACGACGCCUUUGCCAGCCGGGAUGGAGCCCCGGGGCCGCCCCCGAGCCCCCCCACGGCCCCGAGCCUCCCCACGGCCCCGGGCCCCCCCGCGGCCCCGAGCCCCGCACCAGGGCCCUGCGGCCGCCACUUGACCGGCGGCAACGAGGACUACAACCCCCAGCAUGCCCCGCACUCCCUGUGACCAGCGCGGCCUGCCCGCGCCGCGGGGCCUGCUGGGAGCUGUAGUCCCCACUCGUUGCCUCCCGCCUCCCCCCUCUCGGUGGGGCGCCCAUCCCACCCGGGGCCCGUGUCCAGCGGGGGAUGCCCGUGUGCGGAGACAGCGGGGCUGCCCUCCCCCCCUCCCCCCCCAGCGCACGCGUGUUCAAACACACACGCACACCCACUCCUCUGUCCACGGGAGGUGCCCCAAGCCCCCCCCCCUGCCCCCCACCAGCCGAGCAUCCUUGCAGGGAAUGACUGACACCCACCCUCAGCGACACUCCACUGGGGGACCGAUCCUGCGGCGAUGUCACCCAGCACCCCAGGAAGGCGAGAGGUGCAGGGACCCACGUGGGGACAUGGAGGGGACACGGUGGGGGGGGACGGACACUGGCCCGGCAUGGGGUGUAUUCUGUAACACAGAGAUGUACACAUG